AAGGGCCUAUUCAACUCUUCUUUAACAACUGCAAUUUGCAGUUGUAGGGAGGAGAGAGUGUACACUGGGCCAGAAGGUAUUAUUACAUUAUGAUUUCAUAGCAAGUUAUUUUUUAGAUUGAAAAAAUUUUGAAAUUCAACAAGUCGUUCACAGCCCACAAUCUGGAGAAAAUCGCCGGUAACAUGUUGGUCUUUUCUUCGUUGAUGUAAUUACUAUUAUAUAAUUGUCAUUUUCUUGAUACGGAGUUUUGUGUAUUGUCUCUCCCUUCACGUUAGGUGGUGAGCAGGUUGCUGUAUGAUUUAAAAAUAUUUUUAUGGUCUAGAUACUAUUCUAUCUAAUGUGCUAAAAAUGUCCGGAACCAGUGCCUAUUUCCGAAUAUUUUGCUUAUUCCCCGGCCUCUAUUAUAAGUAAUACGGUGGGGAAUCCUUGCAUUCCUGAUUUAUUUCCCCAGCUCAUUCCUCUAAGUGAUUUAGAAGGUAUGAACCUUUUUAAGGCUUUUUUUUUUUGGCCGCUGUGGGGCUUGCGGGAUCUUAGUUGGCAGAGCGGGAAGAUCCCUCGGUGGAGACCAAGGCGACCUGGCGGGGCGGAGCCGGUUCUGGGGGCAGCCAAUCAUAAACCGCGGCGGCGAUGCCACGCCCUCGGCGCCCAGUCUUACAAGGGCGAAGAAAGGGCGCCGGGAGGUCCAGUUGGGCCGGUCCUGACCCCUGUUGUUGGCCUCCUGAGUAUAAUACUAAUACUUUGGAGCGUUCGGGAGUGGAAGGGACCCGCGCUCCGCUGUCUUACGCCUCCACUCGGCGCUAUCCUCGCGGUGGGCCCCGCAGGCCUGUGCGGCCCCUUUCAGAGCCUCCCGGGUCGCACGCGUGAGGGCGAGGCUUUCCUUCGUCUCCGCAGACCGCUCUCCAUCCGCACUCCGGCCACAAUCCAUGGCCAGGCAGUUGCUUCGGGCCGGCUUGACCCUGGCGCUGGGCGCAGGGCUGGGUGCAGCCGCCGAGGGCUGGCGGCGGCGGCGGCGGCGGGCGGACGCAUGGGCGGCGCCGGGGCUGCUGAGCCGGCUGCCCGUGCUGCCUGUGGCGGCGGCGGCCGGGCUUCCCGCCGUGCCCGGGGCUCCGACGGGCGGCAGCACCGGCGAGUUGGCGAAGUACGGGCUGCCCGGGGUGGCGCAGCUCAAGAGCCGCGAGUCGUACAUGCUGUGUUACGACCCGCGCACCCGCGGCGCGCUCUGGGUGGUCGAGCAGCUGCGGCCUGAGAGUCUCCGCGGCGACGGCGACCGCCGCUCCUGCGACUUCCACGAGGACGACUCGGUGCAUGCGUAUCACCGUGCCACCAACGCCGACUACGGGGGCAGCGGCUUCGACCGCGGCCAUCUCGCCGCCGCCGCCAACCACCGCUGGAGCCAGAAGGCCAUGGACGACACCUUCUACCUGAGCAACAUCGCACCCCAGGUGCCCCACCUCAACCAGAAUGCCUGGAACAACCUGGAAAAGUACAGCCGCAGCCUGACCCGCACCUACCAAAAUGUCUAUGUCUGCACGGGGCCUCUCUUCCUGCCCAGGACGGAGGCUGAUGGGAAGUCCUAUGUGAAGUACCAGGUAAUUGGCAAGAACCACGUGGCGGUGCCCACCCACUUCUUCAAAGUGCUGAUCCUGGAGGCAGCAGGCGGGCAGAUCGAACUCCGCUCCUAUGUGAUGCCCAACGCGCCUGUGGAUGAGACAGUCCCACUGGAGCGCUUCCUGGUGCCCAUCGAGAGCAUUGAGCGGGCCUCGGGGCUGCUCUUUGUGCCAAAUAUCCUGGCACGGACAGGCAGCCUUAAGGCCAUCACUGCAGGCAGCAAGUAAAGGCAGCCCCAGCCAGACUGUGGGGUCGGGGGGACUGGGUCGAAUUAAAAGGUGUUUAUUUUUGGA